UUCAUACCAAGAGCUGUGCGCAAAAUUUACUUACUUAUGGGAACAUAUCAACCCUUUAUGGAUUCAUGUCAAACUGGAUGCAACGUGCCAUAUCAAAUGAGUUAAUUGUGACGGUCACUCUAAAAUAAAUAAAAUGCUGUGUCUGCGUGACUCUGGAGAUUGCCUGCGGGACCAGAUGCACUACAUGAUGAGGUCCCUGCAGGACCUGAAGCACCUGAGAAGGACCUGCCCUGCUGCUGCCCCUGCCAUCACCCCUGCCCCCACCCUGGUCCACCGCUCUGCAGUGGCACGAGCCUGCUAUCAGAGGGCACUGCAGCGGGAGCGCCGUACCCGCCUGCGCAUCUCUGACGCCAGUACGGCCAGCACCUACGAUUCAGCCUGCUGUCUGGCCAGUCCUCUGGAGGAGGAGGAUGCAGGCAGCCGGCUGGGUCUGGGCCUUGGUCUGGGUCUGACCUCCCCCAGCAGUGAGAAGAGUCUGGAGUUUGACUCUGGCUACUCUGAAGCCUCCUGGCAGGACGAGGCCGUGGUGCUCAGGAGGACCAGGAACGUACGGGUGUCCUCCUCCGCCUGCCUCCGAACCAACCAGGCACCCAGUGGCCUGGUCCGGCCCAAAUCCACAUCAGACGCCUGCCUGGAGAGGUGGACCUCAUUCGAGGCCAGCGACCCAGAGGACUGGACCACGUCACUGCUGACACGGGGACGGAACAGGCAACCUCUGGUACUGGGGGACAACAGCUUUGCUGACCUCAUACAAAACUGGAUGGACCUACCGGACUGCCCUGAACCAGCAGAACUGAAGCCCAUCUCUGGCUUCUUGGUCAACAUGAGGCGGAAAAUAGCUGGGAUGUCAAAGAGUGUAGAGGGGAGGGUGAGGAUGAGGUCCUCAGACUCUUCUUCACAUGUGAGUCGGACAGCCAUGGCCCCCAAACGACUCUCCUGCCCCCUAGGGGUGCAGGCCCCUGCCCCACGCCAGUCCCCCUUCUUCCACCAGUCCCACUCUGGCCUGCAUGAACUAGACACAGACUUCUAUCAGUUCACUGCCCUCAUGAAGACUGGCAGCAGACAGCCUAUUAUCUGUAAUGACAUCAUCAGCUACAUCUGA